CUUCACAACCUCACAGAAACUCCUGGUGCCCUGCAAAGAAAACUGAACAUCCCACUCCAGUGCGGCUCCACUGUCUUUACCGAAGGAUUAUAGCUUACACCAAAAAAACCAAAACAAAACAUAUUAGUCUAUUGUAGACAACUUAAGUACAUAUUUGUUGUUUUGGACAUCAAAGCAACUACCAGGUGGAAACACAGAAGUCAGUCUGAGGAUAUUUUGAACCGACACUGACAGCGAGCAGCACUCUAGCAUGCAGGUGAUAACAUGCGCGUUGUUUACGUUUGUCACUCUCCAUAUCAGCACCGUGUCGGGGGCUGACUCCUGCCCUGCUGUCUGCGAGUGCUCUGAGUGGAAGACUCACACAAUCUCCUGCUUUGACACAGAUAUUCUCCCAAGGUUUCCAGCCAGCACGGAGACACUAUGGCUUUUCGAGACCCGUCUGUCGUCCGUGCCAGCAGAUGUCUUUGCCAACAUGGUCAACAUCUCAAGGAUAUAUAUAUCAGUGGAUGUGAAGCUGCAGAGGCUGGAGAGGCACUCAUUCUACAGCCUGAAGAAAAUCACCCACAUAGAGAUACGUAACGCAAAGAGUUUGACCUACGUUGACCCAGAAGCCUUUAAGAAUCUCCCAAACCUCAAAUACCUGGGAAUUUUCAACACAGGCCUUACGUUCUUCCCUGACUUGAGCAACAUCCACUCUAAUGAAAUGAACUUCAUAUUAGAAAUUGUUGAUCAUCCCUACAUCACUGAGAUCCCAGCCAACUCAUUCCGGGGCAUCACCAGCGAUGUGCUGACAGUGAUGCUGUAUGGAAAUGGCUUCAGAGAAAUCCAACAACAUGCCUUCAAUGGGACCAAGCUAGAUCAAGUCGACCUUCACAGGAAUAAGUAUUUGACCAAGAUGGAUGAAAGGGCUUUUGCAGGCACCAUCAGCGGCCCCAUGCUUCUAGAUGUGUCCUUGACAGGGAUCAGCUCACUGCCGAGCACAGGUAUGGAUUCUCUCCGUGAGCUGAAGGCGCGCAAUGCCUGGGCCCUCAAGAAACUGCCACCUAUCAAAACCUUCAAGCACCUCACCAUUGCCAACCUAACCUACCCCAGCCACUGCUGCGGCUUCAAAAAUCUCAAAAAGAAACGAGGCUUUUUGGAGUACAUCAUCUGUAAUCUGACUGCUUUCUACGACCAGCAUCACAAGCGCUCCGUGGGGCCCCUCCAUAUGCCUUCCCUCCAAGGGGAUAGCGUGGUGGAAACAGUCCCAGACCUGGAGCCAGAUGACGGAGGUCACAGAGAGUCCCAGCAAGAAUGGAGGAGAGGUGACUUCCAUGGCAGCCUCCAAUACCAUGCCUAUUUUGGGGGCCAGCCAGAUGAAGAUGUGGGUUUUGGAGAGACCCUCAAGAACCCCCAAGAGGACACCAGCCAAGAUUUUGACAGUCGUUACGAUUACGUGGUGUGUGAGGAGGGAGAGGAGGUGGCGUGUGCACCAGUGCCCGAUGAGUUCAAUCCUUGUGAGGACAUAAUGGGUUUUGGCUUCCUGCGAGUGUCUGUGUGGUUUGUGAGUCUGCUGGCCAUUCUGGGAAAUGUGGUGGUGCUCCUGGUACUGUUCACCAGCCACUAUAAGCUUUCAGUCUCACGCUUCCUCAUGUGUCACCUGGCCUUUGCAGAUCUGUGCAUGGGGAUUUAUCUGCUGCUUAUUGCCUCUGUAGACCUCCACACACGGGCUGAGUACUUCAACCAUGCCAUAGACUGGCAGACAGGUCGUGGUUGUGGACUUGCAGGUUUUUUCACGGUCUUUGCCGGUGAACUAUCUGUCUACACCUUGACAGUGAUCACUCUGGAGAGGUGGUAUGCUAUCACCUUUGCCAUGAGGCUGGAUCGCAAGCUGCGUCUACAUCAUGCAGCAGCUGUGAUGCUAGGUGGCUGGAUUUUCUGCCUUGUCCUGGCACUGCUUCCACUGGUUGGGGUUAGCAGUUAUCAGAAGGUCAGCAUCUGUCUCCCAAUGGACACCCAGUCCACAGUGGCUCAAAUAUACAUCUUAUCAGUGCUGGUCCUCAACAUUCUGGCCUUUCUUGUUAUCUGUGCGUGCUAUGUCAAGAUCUACUGCGCAGUGCACAACCCUCACUACCAUUCUGGAUCCAAGGAUACCAACAUUGCCAAGCGCAUGGCUGUCCUCAUUUUUACUGACUUCCUGUGCAUGGCUCCAAUUUCCUUCUAUGCCAUGUCAGCAGUGCUGGACCGGCCACUAAUCACUGUCUCUAACUCUAAGAUUUUAUUGGUGCUCUUCUACCCGCUCAAUUCCUGUGCCAACCCGUUCCUCUACGCCAUCUUCACUAAAGCAUUCAGGGGGGAUGUAUUCAUCCUCCUCAGUAAAGUGGGGCUAUGUCAGCAGCGUGCACAGCUGUUCAGAGGCCAGACGGUCUCGUCAAAAGGAAGCAGUGGGACAUCUCAGGUCCGUAAAGACAAGGAUAAGGUUAGGAAAGGAGGAAGUGGAGGACAGGAAGAGGUGCCCAUACACCUGAAGAAAUGCUCCGGACAUACCUACCAUCAAGCAGUCACCCAGCAGACAAGCCCUGAAGAGAGCCAGAGCCUGAACACGUGAGCCAAACACCAGCUUGAUGUCGUAAAAAAUUAAGACAGGUUCAGGUGGGAAAGGAGAGGCCUUGAAGUGUUUGUGGAGAGAGCUGUUUGGAUAUUUAACAGAAAGCUCCAGUAUUCUGUAUCUGUUUCAAUUUUCAGGCCAAGUUCAGCUGUUUUCACAAUUUCGACUGUGAUGAUUUUAUGGUUCCAGUUGUUGGAGAAUAUCAAGUGUCACUGAAAUAUGAGCUUCAUCUCACUUAUAGUCCUUUCUAUUCUAAUGGACUGGGUAGAAUAGAACCGAGAUUAUUGUACAGAAAAAGUAAAGAUAAAAUUCAAACAUACAUAUAUAACAAUGAAUAAAAUGUAUUUUUCAGUAUCUUUACUUAUAUACUGAGUUUAAUUCAAAUUAUCUGUACGCAGUCUGGCAUUGAGAUACAAGGAAAUAUGACAAAUUGUGCCAAGCACUUCAUUUCACGGUGAUAAGAAGACCUUUCUGUGGUACACAGAAACAGCCUGCCUAUUUAUACUUGGUUAUAUUGUGUUCAAGGACAGCCUGCUGGCUCAGUGCCGUUCAAAGUGAAAAUUGUAUACAGUUUAAGAAAAUAUAAAAACACUGCAUUUCUUAUCGUCUUAUCAGUACCUCUGUACAUAAUGUAAAUACAUGCUAGUGUUUGGUGAUUUAUUGAUAAAAACAGGACACAUUGUCUGCGAUUUUUAUGCAUUCUUUUUUAUGCGUGUGUUUACCUGAAACUGAAAAGUAUAGUGCUUGACUGUGAUGUUGGACAGCAGACAUGAGUUUUUUUUUUACAGUGAAAGUGGACUCUGAACUUGUACUUUAAUGUGGCUUAUACCUGCGCCAAAUUGAUAUAUCACUUUCUUAGAUCCAUAAAAUAUGU